GAAAGGAUAUUUGACCCGAGGGAAGGAGGAAAGGAGAGCCAGUGUAGAACCGGGAGAAGGUAACUCCUGCUCCUCCUGGAUGAACGUAAUUAGUUAAAUCUCCACUCCUCUGCAUCUGUGGAGAAGACACCUCCUGACAUUUCUGUAACGACAAAAGAGCAGGUUCUCUCUAGGAUGGAAAACAGAAAAGAUAUCACAAACCAAGAGGAACUUUGUGAAAUGAAGAUUAGGGAGAAGAUGGAAGAACAUGAUCACUUGACAAACAGCUCAAGAGAUAGCAGCACCCCAAAGGCACCUGACCUCUUCCAUUUACAUCAAAUGACUGGCUUCGAUGGGUUUGUACCCCCCGAUCUAAGGCACAAACAGGAGCUCUUUCCACAAUGGCGUUUGCCCAUUAAGAUGGCGGCCACCAUAGCCCUCAUAACCUUCCUUUAUACUUGCCUAAGGGAUGUCAUCCACCCUUUUGUAAUGACUCGAGCACACUUUUUCUAUAAGAUUCCAAUCCUGGUCAUCAACAAAGUUUUGCCAGUAGUUUCCAUUACUCUCUUGGCACUGGUUUAUUUGCCAGGCAUAAUCGCAGCUGCUUUCCAACUUCAUCAUGGAACCAAGUAUAAGAGAUUUCCGGGUUGGUUGGAAAAGUGGAUGCUGGCAAGGAAGCAAUUCGGCCUCCUCAGUUUCUUUUUUGCCUCACUACACGCAAUUUACAGUUUGUCCUAUCCAAUGAGGAGGUCUUACAGAUAUAAACUGCUAAACUGGGCGUAUGAACAGGUCCAACAAAAUAAAGAAGAUGCCUGGGUUGAGCAUGAUGUUUGGAGAAUGGAAAUUUAUGUCUCUCUAGGAAUUGUGGGACUUGCUUUGUUGGCCCUGCUGGCAGUGACCUCCAUUCCAUCCGUCAGCAACUCCCUGACCUGGAGAGAAUUUCACUAUAUUCAGAGCAAGUUGGGAAUCUUUUGCCUUUUACUGGGCACGAUUCACGCAUUGAUUUUUGCUUGGAACAAAUGGGUGGAUGUAAAACAGUUCGUGUGGUACACCCCUCCUACUUUUAUGAUAGCGAUUUUACUUCCUGUUGUUGUCCUGAUGGGUAAAGUCAUAUUGCUCCUUCCGUGCUAUAGGAAGAGGAUACAGAAGAUAAGGCACGGCUGGGAAGAUCCCACUAAAAUCAACAAAGCUGAGAUGGCUUUCCAUCUGUAGAACACAUGGAUUUUUGCCAAAUAUUAAAUUCUCCUAUUACAAAGCA